AUGAGCCAGCAGCUAGCAGCUAGCCCCAACAAGCACUUUGCAGUGACCUACGCUCUGAAAGCUACACUCAGCCUCACCAUUUACCCGUCUGGAUGGAGCUUUUCGACUCGCUGCCCCCACUGCGCUGUGCCUGGCGCUCACCGCCACGUGGGUCGGCAAGGUGUCCCCGACGCCCUCAAGCAGCUCCUCCCCGUCCAUGAGCCCGAGCCAUUCGGCAGCCGACACGGACAUUGCUUUCUCCUGGAUUUCGGCGAGCCCGCGACAUCCACGAGCGACCCGCGCGACUCAGGAGGAGAGCUGCCCGAGCCCAACCUCUCCAGCCUCCUGCACUGCGCGGCGCGCGCUGCGCACCUUACCUGGGGCCACGAUGGAGGGCUCGUCUUCAUCGCAAAGCUCCGAUGA